GUGACGUCAGGAGGUCCGUUUCCUGUAUGGAGUUUAGCCGCUACCAUGGAACAUGUGGGGGCCGCUGGUGGCACAUACUGUCGCUCUUUCUGUACUUACUGUAAAUAAUGUGAUGUUGCGGUGUCUCCGCGCUGGUUGCACUGUGGGAAGAUGGACCCGCUACUUAGGUUAUUACCUUUAAAUCAUGAAGACCAUGGAACCCAAAGAUGCCGAAUAGGGCCCAAAGCAAUGUCUCAUCUUAGACUUAAGAUUGGAUUUCCACUUCUAAUAUCUUUACCUAGUGGAAGCUGCUUGUGUACUGCUUGGCCGAGAAGAGAUCUGUCUGAUGGUUUCCUACAAGCUGACCUCAUGUGUUCCACAUCACCUAAACCUGCGAUAGAAUAUAGGGACUCUGUUCCUCUAAAUAACCUUAAAAGAUUAAAUUCUGUCAAGUUAAAAAGAGUGACUGUGAAAAUAGUAUUGAAAAAUAUGGAAGAACAAUUGGCUGUAUCUGGAUCAGCUCUCCUUGACGUUGUCAGAGAUUUACUAAGAAAUUUGUAUGUCUUACUCAAAUAUGUGGUGACUGUUACAGACAUUUCAGGUGUGGCAAAUGUGGAAAUUUUAGACAUGGACCCAGUAACAGAUGGAGCAGGAUUAAUAACGGCCAAAACAAAUGUGCAUAUUAAAGAGACAACCACACUAGAGUGGUGCAAGAACGUAUCGGACAGUAACUCUCAAUAUCAGAUGGCUGGAAUGGAUGAUGUAUGUGCAUCACUAAAAGAGAUUCUUAGUUUACCUUUCCUUUACCCAGAUACCAUAACUAAAUUAGGUCUUGCUUGUCCUAAAGGUCUGCUCUUAGUUGGGCCACCUGGAGUUGGUAAAACACUUCUGGUAAAAGCUGUUGCAAGACAAGUAGGUGCCUACCUUAUUAGCCUGAGUGGGCCGGUAAUUCAUGGAUCAAGACCUGGAGAAGCUGAGGAGAAUUUGAGGAAAAUUUUUGAAAGUGCCAGAGUUGUUUCUCGUGGUGGCCCUUGUAUUCUCUUCAUUGAUGAGAUUGAUUCUUUGUGUCCUAAACGAGGGCACUCCGGUAAUGCCCCUGAAAACCGAAUUGUUGCCCAACUUUUGACACUCAUGGAUGGGAUUCACAGUGACAACAAGAUGGUUAUUGUUGCUGCUACAAACCAGCCAGAUGUUAUAGAUUCGGCACUCAGGCGGCCUGGCCGGUUUGAUCGAGAGAUCAUUAUUGGGACUCCUACAGUAAGCCAGAGAAGAGCCAUACUGGAAGUACUAACGUCAAACAUCCCCAUACACAGGGACGUGGACAUGGCUGCUUUGGCUGAUAUGACAGUGGGUUAUGUAGGAGCUGAUCUUACAGCCCUUUGCAGAGAUGCUACCAUGCAAGUGGUGCUUCAAGCCCAUGAGGACUGUCAAGUAAACCAAGUAAGAAGAGAACACUUUUAUGAAGCUUUCAAAAAGAUCCAACCUACUUCUGCACGUAGUGCUGUUGGACAGGUGGAGUUUAAGCCAGUGUCCUGGGACCAAAUUGGUGGCCUAGAAGAUAUAAAACUUUUAUUAAAACAGAGCAUUGAAUGGCCCAUGAAGUAUCCUGAUGCUUUCAUGAGGAUGGGAUUAACGCUGCCCAAAGGCGUUUUACUAUAUGGGCCUCCGGGAUGUGCCAAAACCACACUGGUAAAAGCUGUGGCCACCAGCUGCCAUUGCUCGUUUUUCUCAAUUAGUGGUGCUGAUCUUUUCUCUCCAUAUGUGGGGGAUUCAGAGAAGACUUUAGCACAGCUUUUCCGGCAAGCAAGAGCAAGCACUCCAGCCAUUGUGUUCCUAGAUGAGAUUGAUGCAAUUGUGGGGUGUCGCACAGAAAGCGGAGCAGGGUCUGGUGUCCAAGAGAGAGUUCUUUCGGUUCUACUAAAUGAACUUGAUGGAGUUGGGUUGAAGGUAACUGAACGCAGGGGAAGACAAGUACUUCUGGAGGGUGAUCAUGAGCACUGCCACAAUGAAGAGCUGGAGUUUAAGGAAGUUCUCAAUAGAUCCGUGAUGGUUGUUGCAGCAACAAACAGACCGGAUGUUUUAGACGAUGCUUUGUUGCGGCCAGGGCGACUGGACAAGCUCCUCUAUAUACCACCACCUGAUGAUAAGGCCCGUUUAUCCAUACUUAAAAUAUGUACCAAUAGUAUGCCACUUGCUAACAAUGUAAGUCUGGACAACCUGGCAGCCUUUACCCAGUACUACUCUGGAGCGGACCUUCAAAAUCUCUGUAAAGAGGCUGCCCUAACUGCAUUACAUGCAAGUGGAUUACAGGCUACGUGUGUAAAUGAAGAACAUUUUCAACAGGCGUUAGCAUCUUACACCCCAUCCCUGAACCCCGUGACCUCCCUUGCCUUUGAAAAACUACGUGGUCAUACAGGACUGCUGCAGACUAUCAUCUCCACGAACUCCAAGUAACAACUUUAUUAUAACACGCUUUAUUUUGCAGCUUCUAUACCAUCCUUUCCAUCGUUACAGAAAUGUCAGCAAUUUUCAAGUACAAAUUUCAAAAUUAUUACAUCGUAGAUCUGUUGCAAGCGGAAGAACAUUUACCAGUAAUUACUGAUACAAUCUAUUAAAAGUAACAAAUUUCAA